GCGGCGACGGGGCGGCGGCGGCGGCGCCAUGGAGCCGCGGGAGGUGAAGGACCGAAUCCUGGAGAACAUCUCGCUGUCGGUGAAGAAGCUGCAGAGCUACUUUGCAGCGUGUGAAGACGAGACCCCUGCUAUCCGGAACCAUGACAAGGUCUUGCAACGCCUGUGUGAGCACCUGGACCAUGCCCUGCUGUACGGAUUGCAAGACCUCUCCUCCGGCUACUGGGUGCUUGUGGUCCAUUUCACCCGCAGAGAGGCCAUCAAGCAGAUCGAGGUGUUACAGCACGUGGCCACCAACCUGGGGCGCAGCCGCGCCUGGCUCUACCUGGCUCUCAAUGAGAACUCCCUGGAGAGUUACCUGCGACUGUUCCAGGAGAACCUGGGCCUGCUGCAGAAGUACUAUGUCAGGAAUGCCCUGGUCUGCAGUCACGAUCACCUGACUCUUUUUCUGACCUUGGUGUCUGGGCUGGAGUUUAUUCGGUUUGACCUGGAUCUGGAUGCCCCUUACUUAGAUCUGGCCCCCUACAUGCCUGAUUACUACAAACCUCAGUACCUGUUGGACUUCGAAGACCGCCUUCCCAGCUCAGUCCAUGGCUCAGACAGCCUGUCCCUCAACUCCUUCAACUCUGUCACCUCCACCAACCUGGAAUGGGAUGACAGUGCCAUUGCCCCAUCUAGUGAGGAUUAUGAUUUUGGAGAUGUGUUUCCAGCAGUGCCGUCUGUACCCAGCACAGACUGGGAAGAUGGAGACCUCACAGAUACCAUCAGCGGCCCCCGCUCCACUGCCUCGGACCUGACCAGUAGCAAGGCAUCCACCAAGAGCCCCACGCAGCGCCAUAACCCCUUCAAUGAGGAGCAGCCUGAGGCUGUGUCAUCGUCUGACACCACCCCAGUGCACGCCACCUCUCAGGAGAAGGAAGAGGCCCAGACCCCAGACCAAUCAGAUGCCUGUACGGAGCUUGAAGUCAUCAGGGUCACCAAGAAGAAGAAAAUUGGUAAGAAGAAAAAGACCAAAUUGGACGAGGAAGCAAGCCCGCUGCACCCCACCUCUAGCCUCCAGACAUGUUCUAGGCAGGGGGAUGGUGAUGGACUUGUGGGCACCCCAAACCUGGGGCGGGACUUGCCAGCUACUGCACUUGCCUCCCCGCAGGAGCAAGGGGAGGGGCCCAGCAGUGCAGCUGAGAGCAGUGAACACUCCGAGCUCAGCCAGAUGGGCUUGUUAAUCCCGGAGAUGAAGGACACCUCCAUGGAGUGCCUGGGACAGCCCCUGAGCAAGGUCAUUGACAAGCUCCAUGGACAGCUGGACCCAAGCACGUGGUGCUCCCACAUUGAUCCCCCGGAUCAGUCCUUUCGGACCGGCUCUCCGGGGGAGGACCCGGAGAAACCACCAUUUGGCGACUUUAGUGAGGGGCUUCCAGCCCCAAUGGACUUCUACCGCUUUACGGUCGAGAGUCCAAGUACUGUUGCAGCAGGUGGCAGCCACCAUGACCCUGCAGGGCCUAGCCAACCGCUGCAUGUUCCUGGUAGCCCUGCGACUGCUGUCCAAGAAGAGGAGGGAGGAAGAGGAGAGGGACAGGCACCUAAGCCCUUAGAGGACUCGCAAGGGGAAGCUCAGCAGCCGGAGCCUCAGGAACAGGACGCCCAGUUGCCACUGGCCUGCCAGGAGCCUGUGACUGAACCCGUGUCCCAGCCUGAACUUGGAACCCAGGAAGCCCUUAGCAAGCUCAAGCGAGACCAGCCCAGUCCAUGUCUGAGCAGCGCCGAGGACUCCGGGGUAGACGAGGGUCAGGGGAGCCCUUCAGAGAUGACUCACCCCUCUGAGUUCAGAGUAGACAACAAUCACUUGCUCCUACUGAUGAUCCAUGUCUUUAGAGAAAACGAAGAGCAGUUGUUCAAAAUGAUCCGGAUGAGCACAGGGCACAUGGAGGGCAACCUGCAGCUGCUGUACGUGCUACUCACAGACUGCUACGUCUACCUGCUUCGGAAAGGGGCCACAGAGAAGCCAUACCUGGUGGAAGAAGCCGUUUCUUACAAUGAACUUGACUAUGUGUCGGUUGGCCUUGACCAACAGACCGUCAAGCUGGUGUGCACCAACCGCAGGAAGCAGUUUCUGCUGGACACGGCUGACGUGGCCCUGGCUGAGCUCUUCUUGGCAUCUUUGAAGUCAGCCAUGAUCAAAGGCUGCCGGGAACCACCCUACCCUAGCAUCUUGACCGAUGCCACCAUGGAGAAGUUGGCACUGGCCAAAUUUGUCGCUCAGGAAUCCAAAUGUGAGGCAUCCACCGUGACUGUGCAUUUCUACGGGCUUGUGCACUGGGAGGACCCCAUGGACGAGGCCCUGGGCCCUGUCCCCUGCCAGUGCUCACCCCACGAGGGCACCAUCACCAAAGAAGGUGUCCUGCACUACAAGGCUGGCACCUCCUAUCUGGGCAAGGAACACUGGAAGACCUGCUUCGUGGUGCUCAGCAACGGGAUCCUCUACCAGUAUCCUGACCGCACUGACGUCAUUCCCCUGCUCUCGGUGAACAUGGGGGGGGAGCAGUGCGGUGGCUGCCGGAGAUCCAACACCACAGACCGGCCCCACGCCUUCCAGGUCAUUCUGGCUGACCGGCCCUGCCUGGAGCUGAGCGCCGACAGCGAGGCUGAGAUGGCAGACUGGAUGCAGCAUCUCUGCCAGGCCGUGUCCAAAGGAGUCAUACCCCAGGGGGUGGCCCCCAGCCCCUGUAUCCCUUGCUGCCUGGUAAUCACCGAGGACCGCCUCUUCACAUGCCAUGAGGAUUGCCAAACCAGCUUCUUCCGCUCCCUGGGCACGGCCAAGCUGGCUGACAUCAGUGCCAUCUCCACAGAACUGGGCAAGGAGUACUGCAUCCUGGAAUUCUCCCAGGAUAGCCCACAGCUGCUCCAACCCUGGGUCAUCUAUCUGAGCUGUACUUCCGAACUGGACCGCUUCCUGACUGCCCUGAGCUCUGGAUGGAAAGCCAUCUACCAGGUAGACCUCCCUCAUAAGGCAAUUCAUGAAGCUUCCAUCAAGCAGAAAUUCGAAGACGCCCUGAGCCUCAUCCAUAGCGCCUGGCAGCGAAGUGACAGCCUCUGCCGAGGGAGAGCCUCCCGGGACCCCUGGUGCUGAGGCAUGGCCGGGCAGCAUGUACACUGUGCUGUGCUACUAUGCUGUUUCAGAUUCAGGUGUCCCCAGGCCUCUACAGCCUGCUCCUGCUUGGGGCGGCAGAACCACUAGUAUGGCUUGAGACAGGGAUCCAGAGUGGGUGCCUAGCACUCUGGGAGUCCCGCCCAACGGGAAGUGACUAGAGGUCACUGGGGCGAAGGUCUGAGCCCUGUGGGCUCUGUAGACACACGGUGUUCCCUGGGCCACCUUUCGAGUCCUUUCCAUCUGCUCAGGGUGGCCAUGAGAAUAAUAGCAUCCACUGAAGGGGAGCAAAGAGACCAGGAGGGCGGGUAUGCCAUCUUCCUUUCCUGGGCCAGGGGCCUGGGCAGAUGGUCAGGGCCCCCUGGGGGUCGUGAGUGCCCAGCCAUCCUUGUUCGUUUUUGAACAGUCCUCACUGUGCAGGAAAGUGGAAACACUAGGUAUCUGUGCAUGCCUCCUCUGACAUACCCACCCCGCGCAGUGGCCUGCCUCACACGGCUCAUGGCUGCCGGGAGGCCCUGCAUGUCCACAGCCCUGCCUCUCCUCUUUCUCAAGUACCACAGAGCUUGGAGGAGCCAGGGAUCCGGAUUCGUUGGCGCCUCUUGCCAGGAGCAAAGGAGAGGGACUGAGAGAGCAGAGCCCAUGAGCCUGGUGGCUACUUUGACACCUGACUGACCCCAGGCUUGGCUAGAGCUGGCCCUUCUUAAGGUCUUUGUUGGAUCCCUCUGGGGAUGGGUCAGAUGGAUUGGACUUUGUCUUUUUUUUUUUUUUUAAAAUAAAAUUGACGUUAUAUUGCUGA